CCGUUCCUAGCCGAGCGGCUCCCGGUCUUAAAGGAGCCUCCACCGGUCCUUGGCUCACGCGGGCCGCGAGAAAAGGGUGGUGGCCAGCGACCACAGCUCUGUAGAUGCUGGCUGCAGCCCUGCUGAAACUUUCAAGGGGAACGUCUACGGACGGCAGGUUAGCUCUUUGAAGGCAGGAACCUUUGUUUUGUUCACUACCAGCACACCAGUACCUGCAACAGUGAGGGGGACGCAUAUCAGGUGCUCAAUAAAUCUUGGUUGAAAAACUGGACUCAGCCGUGUGGAACUUGUCCCAGCAGAAAGGAGAAAAUCGGCUUCACUCACUCCUCUCUUCAUUGGAUCCCGUCAGCAGCCCUCAUCCUCUUGCCCAGAAGUUGAGUGAAGCACUUGGAUUUCACCAAUAGAAGAAAAGAAGGUUUCAUCACAAACAGGACCAUAUUUGGAGCUGAAAUGGAACAAGCAGUUGGCGAACCAAAGAGAGACCAGGUCACAGGGACACAUUUGACAGAAGACAUUCCAAAAGCCAAGAAGUGCACAGUGAUCGGAGGCUCUGGGUUCCUGGGGCAGCACAUGGUGGAGCAGUUGCUGGCAAGAGGCUACACCGUCAAUGUGUUUGAUAUGCGGCAGGGUUUCGACAACCCACAGGUGCAAUUCUUUCUGGGGGAUCUCUGCAGCCAACAGGACUUGUACCCAGCUCUGAAAGGUGUAAGCACAGUUUUCCACUGCGCAUCACCCCCACCAUCCAGUAACAACAAGGAACUCUUUUAUAGAGUGAAUUACAUUGGCACCAGGAACGUCAUUGAAACUUGCAAAAAGGCUGGGGUUCAGAAACUCAUUUUAACCAGCAGUGCUAGUGUCAUUUUUGAGGGCGUUGACAUCAAGAAUGGAACUGAGGACCUCCCUUAUGCCAUGAAACCCAUUGACUACUACACGGAGACGAAGAUCUUGCAGGAGAGAGAAGUCCUGGGCGCCAAUGAUCCUGAGAGGAACUUCUUAACCACAGCCAUCCGCCCCCAUGGCAUUUUUGGCCCAAGGGACCCCCAGCUGGUCCCCAUCCUCAUUGAGGCAGCCAGAAAAGGCAAGAUGAAGUUCAUGAUCGGAAACGGGGAGAACUUGGUGGACUUCACCUUCGUGGAGAAUGUGGUUCACGGACACAUUCUGGCUGCAGAGCACCUCUCCCAAGACACGGCCUUGGGUGGGAAGGCAUUCCACAUCACCAAUGACGAGCCCAUCCCCUUCUGGACAUUCCUGUCCCGCAUCCUGACAGGCCUCAAUUAUGAAGCCCCCAAGUACCACAUCCCCUACUGGGUGGCCUACUACCUGGCCCUCCUGCUGUCCCUCCUGGUGAUGGUGAUCAGUCCUGUCAUCCAACUCCAGCCCACAUUCACCCCGAUGCGGGUCGCGCUGGCUGGCACAUUCCACUACUACAGUUGUGAGAGAGCCAAAAAGGCCUUGGGCUACCAGCCGCUGGUCACCAUGGAUGACGCUGUGGAACGAACUGUGCAGAGCUUCCACCACCUGCGGAGGGUCAAGUGAGGCCCCCGAGACUGGGCCCUCUCACCACAUUCUGCCUCCAAAACCUCUCCUCGUGGAUCAAUAAACUAACCUCCUUCAAGGGACUUUCUUCUGAGCUCAGGUACCUCCUGCCAGUUAGAUAGGAGCACACCCGGCCUUUCCAUGACCACAAGCGAAGCCUUAGUGGAAGCACAGGCUCAGACUUGGACUUUUGGCGGGCAGCUUUGUAUUCUUCUGUUUUGUGUUCUCUCUCUCCCAUCCCCCCUUUCUCCUGGGUCCUUAUCAUCCCACUAUCCUUGUACAUAAUCAAGGAAGCCGUAGCAAAGAACCGACCCCGUUGCUAAUUGAGGAUGGAGAACUAGAUUCAUUUCCAUGCAAACCAAUAUAAGAGUAGAAGCCACAGACUGUUUUAAGGAGCCACAUAUUACAAACAUCCUAGAGGAGAAACAGAAACACAUGGUGAGACUGCAAGUGUACAUUUUAAAUAGAGUUUAGAGCAAACACUUCUAAAAAGCUUAAGCAACUGUAACCCUCCCCCUCAAUCCCUCUUGGUUCCCCUCCUUAUCCUUACAUGCUUCCAAGUUCUCCAAGGCCCAGCUGCAGUGCCUGUCUGCAUUGUGUUUUGUUUGUUUAUUUUCUUCAUAAAACAUUCUGUCAUGGUCACAUUUCACUUUAUCAACAGCAUCCCGUUGUCCUUAGUGGCACAGCGGUGAUCUGUCCCAGUGGCAUGCUCUUUCAGCUGUUUAGUGACUCUCCUGACAUCAGACUGCUUGAUGGUGUGGUAUGAGAAAGGUCAGACAGAAAAGAGUCUCCUUUAUCUGCUUGGAGUUUGGGCAGAAAGGGCACUUCGCUCAUAGAACCCCUCACACAGAACCCUUCCAGCCAAUUUCCAGAAGGCCUAGCGCAUAUAAUGACUCCGCAUUCUCUCUUUCCUGGGGAUGUUCUGCUUACAGAACCUGGUUUCUUCUAAGACUAAUUGACAUGUAAUCUUCAAGACCUGUUUUCUUCUCUGCUUUUGUCCAAAGUUGGGGAGGCUGGAAUAAAGACAUUGUACACGCCA